CUAACAGGGGGAACGAAAAAAGUUUAAUUGAGUUCUCCGAUCAUGGCCCUCUCUGCUCGUAUCCUCUCAAAAUCUCGCCAGCUUUGUGGUAGUCAAUCUAUUCUACAAAAGGAGAAUACCAUUCCUGUUCGUUUUUAUGCCAAAGAGGCUGCUGCUCCCAUUGCUAAUAAGGGAGAUGAGAUAUUGAAAAAUAUCUUUUUGGAGGUUAAGGCAAAAUAUGAGGCGGCAUUGGGAAUAUUUAGGAAGGAGAAGAUCACCAUUGACCCAGAUGACCCUGUUGCUGUUUCUCAGUAUGCAAAGGUUAUGAAGACAGUUAGGCAGAAGGCUGACUUGUUUUCAGAAUCUCAGCGCAUCCAGUACACCAUCCAAACACGAACUCAGGACAUUCCAGAUGCUCGAACAUAUUUAUUGAUCCUGAAGGAUAUAAGGAUCAAUAGAGGACUCACUGAUGACCUUUGUGCUGAGGCUAUGAUGAUGAAUGCUUUGGAUAAAGUCGAAAAAGAAAUCAAGAAGCCUCUUUUGAGGAAUGACAAGCAAUCAAUGGCUCUUCUUACAGCAGAGUUUGACAAGAUCAAUAAAAAGCUUGGAAUCCGGAAGGAAGGUCUUCCCAAGUAUGAAGAACAGUUAGAACUAAAAAUCUCCAAGGCACAAUUGGAGGAGCUGAAGAAGGAUGCUCUUGAAGCAAUGGAAACACAAAAGAAGCGGGAGGAAUUCAAGGAUGAGGCAAUGCCUGAUGUAAAGUCAUUGGACAUACGAAACUUCCUAUAAUUCUCUAAUUCACUUUCGGUUUUCCAGUGACUUUGGAGGUCAACUUUCUGAAUUGGGGAAUUCCUUUGUCAUUUUUUGCUAUAAUUAAAAAAAAAAAGAAAAAAGAAGCAACUGGUCAGUUAAAAAUGCAAAACUAUCUCAUCUUGCAUGAGUUAUCAUGCAAGCAGGAUUAGUAGUGGGAAUCUUUUUUGUUCAUGCACUUGCUAUUGAGUUCCCAUUUCAUUGAGCUGAUAUUAUGGAUGAAAUUUGGGUUUUAA